GUUAAGUUUCAAUCUUUUUAUCAAAUCCCUCUUUUUGGUCUUUUUUUUUCUCUAAAACAAUUUUUUUCCAUUUAAUUAUCAAGAGAUUGAGUGAAUUGAUUCUCCAUGAGAAAAUGUUUCCCAAAUUUUUUUUCUUUCUCCCUUUUGUUGUUAUCCUUUUUUGUGAUCAAGAAUCAGGAGUUUAUAAUUUAAUGUUAGGGUUGAGUUUUAUAAUUACUUUAGUUUAUUUUUUUGAUUAAAAGUGUUUUUAUUUGAUAUCUUAGAUUUUUGUUUUGGAUCUCAUUUUGUAUUGUUUUUAUGCAGAAAAUGAAAAACUCAAAAAACCAGUUGAAGGGGAAAUUGGGUGUGAGCAAAAAGGGAAAGAAUAAGAUAAAAAACAAUCUAUUACAACAGACCAUUAACAAUGGUAAAUAUGUUUUUAGUGGUGCUCUACAUGAAAAUCCACAGCCAAAUGUUUAUAACGUAGACAAGAAUGAUUUCAUGAAAGUUGUACAACAUCUUACUGGAUUACAAUCAAAUUCAACUAAAUUUGAGUCUGAGAUUACAAGGUUGCAUAAAAUAAGGUCUCCUCCAUUAACCAAUGUGAGGCAAUUGGAUCUUAUUCAGGUUAGGGUUCCGACGCUAGCAGCUCCUCAAGUGUUUCCUUACACUGAACUGUUUAGACCUCCUUUUCAUUUUGUUAUUGGUUGUCCUCUUGUGGAUAUGCCAUUGACAAAUUAUAUUGAGUCACCUAUCAUUACUUACAUGAGAAAUAUUCAAGACUCAAUGAUCAACUAUGAUGUUUCAAGAGGUAACCAAUUCCAAUCUUACCCUAUUGAAACAGAAGUAUUCAACAAUGUGAAUGUUCAAUAUCAACCACAAUAUUAUCCGAUUCAAAGACAAGUGUUUAACAAUGUUGAGUCUUUUCAAGCAUCAUAUACUUUGCAUCCUAAUCUUGUUGAGUUACCCAUUUCUGUUUUCAUGAGAAGAUUUCAGUUGUUUGAUUGUAAUUCUUCAAAGGAUAACCAAUUUCAGUACUAAUCACAGUCUUACCACCAACAAUCUUUUUAAUAUUAAAGUAGCAAAAUAAACCAAGAGAUGCACAAUAAUGUGUCGAUUUGUACUUGAUAUAUCAAAUCAGUAUUAUAAAAAU